AUGGCCGACGGCCAAGCUGUCACCUCGCCCAAGGUCGUCGUGGCUCUCGCCAGUAUCGUGGAGGGCUUUGCCUCCACUGAGCCCUUCUAUGUCAUCGAAUUGGAUGACCGAUGGAAUCUCAUCGUUGGCAUGCGGUGGUUGGAGGCUCACCAACAAUGGAUCGACUGGAGAUCCAAGACGAUGCACAAGGCCGCUCUGGCCAACCCUCCGUCCAACCAGGGAGUGAUGAGUAAUGAGCUCACUCCCUUGCAUGGGUCAGCGACGCAGUUUGUCACGCGUCCUGCCCCUUCGGCCACGAGGCUUGCCACGGAAUCUGCCGCGUUCGGCGAUGUCGCCAAGACUGGCGAUGAGUUGGAAUCCGCCGCGAUCGGCGAUGCCGCCACGAUUGGCCAUGAAUUGGAACUUUGUUCUUUCGGUCUGCGACUUGACCGAAGUGACACGAACAGCCGCUGA